AUGAGACGUACAACUACAGCAUCGUCAUCAUCAACAACAAAACCAACUACUAACACGCGUACCACUUCUACACAAAAGACCUCAACAUCAUCAAGCACAACUAAUAUUGCCACAACAACCAAAAAUUCACGCUCUACAAGUUCACCGUCAAAAACAACAACGACUACCAAAUCGUCUACACUUUUAUCGCCAACAACCAAAAAUUCACGUCCGUCAAGAUCGCCCUCACCCUCAUCAAGAACUUCUACUACUACCACCGCUAGUACUUCAAGAGCGAAAGCUUCUGUACCUUCUUCUUCCGCCUCUUCUAUUAAAGAACAUAUCGCACAAGCUAGAUUACGUAAAGCAAAUGUUAAAGCUGAACAAGCUGUUGAACAUGAGCUUGGUCCUAAAAGUCUAGGCGUUGUAGUAAAACAAGCAAAAUCUUCUGGACGAUUAAAUAUUUCUCAUUGUUCACUGAAAGAAAUUCCAGAAGAAGUAUGGAAAAUGUAUGAAGUGGAUCCUAAAUCUAUUACAUUAGACUUUAGUAGCAGUGGUUCAGAUGUUUGGUAUGAAACUGUUAAUCUUUUAAAGUUAAUUGUUGCUGACAAUCAAUUAGAAAAGAUUGAUAAAAGAAUAAUAGAAUUUGAUGCAUUGGUAUUUCUUGAUGUAAAGAUCGAAGCAAGUGAAAAUCAAUUGGAAAUUAUAUUCUUGGGGUUAAAUGAAAAUCAAACUAUAACACUACCAUCUUUAAUAAGAUUAGAUGCGAGACAAAAUAAAUUAAAGUCUAUAGUACAUGAAUCAAAAGAUUCCACAAUAUUUAAUCCAUCAAUAAAAUUGCCAAAACUUAAGGAAUUACUUUUAUCAUUUAAUCAAAUGGACUCUCUUGGACUAUUACUUCAUAGUACAAUUGAACUCGAAAUAUUAGAUAUUGCUAAUAAUAAAUUUAAUGAUAUUCCCGAAGGAUUACUAUCAUUAAAAAAUUUAAAAAGAUUAGAUAUACGAAACAAUCAACUUAGAAUUUUGGCACCAGAAUUAGGAACCUUAAUUUCAUUAGACGUUUUAUUAUGGGAUGGUAAUCCUCUCAGAAAUAUCCCAAAAGGUCAAAAAUCCACAGCAGCUUUAUUAAAAUCAUUAAGAGCCAAACUUUCUACAUUUGAUCUUCAAACAAUGGAAGGACCAACAAUUCCUGAGAAUAGAUCAAACACAUCCAAGAGUUCAUCCUCAAGUAUUUUAGGAACAAUACCUCAACAACAAAUUAGUUCAAAAAGUUUAGAUUUAGCCAAAAAGAAUCUAAAUGAAUUACCAGAAUCAGACCUUGAGGAUUUAGGUUUUGAACCUUCAACAGUAAUCUUAAGUUUCAACUCAUUUACAAGUAUUCCUAUUGGAUUUUUUAAAUUAUUUAAAAUGAACCUAAAACACCUUCAUCUUGAUAAUAAUAAAUUCACAACAUUCCCUAUAUUUGAAGAUAAAACUUUGGAGUUACCUAAUCUUGAAACAUUAGACUUGUCAGCAAAUCAAUUGACAUCAUUACCAGAUGACAGUCAACACACAGCAUUUCCCAAUUUAAAAAUAUUUAAUGUGAAUAAAAAUCGUAUAACUGAAUUACCAAAGAAAUUGCCAUUUCCCCAAUUGACAACAUUCUUGGCCACAUCAAAUCAACUUGGAUCUAUCUCACCUUCAACAUUUGAAAAUAUGGAGGUAGUGGAUAUUUCUAAUAAUAAUAUAGGAUUUUUGCCACCUGAAUUGGGAAAUCUGAUUACUAUUAAAACACUUAUAGUUGAAGGUAAUUCAUUUAGAGUUCCAAGAUAUACAAUUGUACAACAAGGAACGUCUGCUUGGUUUAUAUUACCUAUUGAUGCUCAAACAAAAGAUACAAGUACUGGUAUUAUGAUAGUGCCACCGAAAUGGACUUGGUAUAUUUGUAGUUCACUAGAAACGAAUUAUAUAAGUUAUAAUGUAAUAUGGAUAUCUACUUCCUCUGGAGCAACUCCAGGAUUUGGAUUUCCACCACAAGAAGGAAACCAUCCAAAACAAUACAAGACAAAAGGACUUUUAACCUUUGCAGCAAACUUUACGGGAAUACAACAAUUAUUAGAUCCAACAAGAACCCCAGCAGGAUACAUUCAGGAAUUGUCAUGUUUUGACGGUGAUCCAGUAUCGGGAUGUGCAAAAGAAGCAAACCCACCGUUUCCUUUUAACGCUAUACUUUGUCUAGCUGUAAUCAAUCCAAAUGAUGAUGAGUUAAAAUUUGCUGGAACAUUCUCCUUUAAACUUGGUACACCACCACCAGUAAUGCCAAAAUAUGAUCCACCUAUUUAUACCACCAUCGAUGAAACUACACCAACUUCUUCUUCAGCUCCCCCAACCGCCACCACAAAGGCAAUACAAACCAAUGACUCUCCCUUUAGUAACAACAGUGGCGAUGGUGAACUUUUAGGCGGUGCCAAUUUCUACGCAUAG